CCGUUAAUUUAGAUUUAUAGCAUGUGGAGCUGUGUGCGUUUAGUUGACUUUCUGCAGCCUCUACCUACAAGCUUGGGUGUCUAAAAGUGUUCGUGAGGAAACAGUCAAUAGCAGCAAAGACUGUGAUCUUUGGGAGGAAGAAGAAAUGUCUCUGUCCCCUUGCUGCUAUGCCUUGUCUCAAAUAUCCUCUCUGGUGGUCAACAUCACUAAGAAGAACUAUAAAGCCAACUGCUCUGAGAUUGCUAAGCUUGUGGACACCUAUGGCCCUGAGGCAGACCGACACUUGUUCCGUUGUCUAAUCUCAAGCAUUGACUUUGCUAACGAAGGACGUAACUCAGGCAAGGAGCAACUGCAGCUGCUGAGCAGGGAGGCAGCUGCCCUUGUCACCAAGCCAGACUUUGUCUCCAUUCUUUGUUAUGCCUUUGAGAAACAAGAGUCAAAGAGUCUCCGCCCGUCGUCCCAGCCACUGAGUCAAGUUGCCAAGAUGUUGAAGCUAGGACGCGUGCAGGAGGUAGUCUUUGCUCUGGGACUCACCAGCUCCACUGAUCCAGAGAUGAGCUCACAUGCGUCCCAGUACUUGAGGAGUAAGCUUCCUGAGCUUGUCAGAUCGUAUUCAGACCUCAGCUCCGGGUUUGAGGGUGGGUUUGGUGACACUGCUAUCGAGGUCCUCCAUCUCCUUCUUUCCUACCUCCUUCAAGGCUCCGAGGAAGAAGUGUGUGUGGCCAAGGAGAGCGUCAACACCUUUGUACAAACCCUGCGAAGAGACUUCCCCCGAGAGAGGGUGCCGGUGGUUCUAGCACCGCUGCUGUAUCGAGAUCAGCUUGACAUCACUGAGGACAGGCUUGUUCCAGUGUCUGUUUCUCUACCUUCAUCAGUGUUCUCUGUUGACCUGGCUGACGUGCUCAAGGAGAUUGGAUAUGCUGCCACUGCAUCGAAACAGGAGAUGAUGGACAUUCUGAAGGACUAUGGUAAACCCCACAUCAAUACCAAGCAGGUGGCUAAAGUCCUAGGAAUGAUGGCCAACACGUUGUCUGGACUGCCAGAGAGCAUGCCUUUCAUGGGAGGGUCGAGUGACCUCCUGCACGGGUCUGGCAAGUCCCCCACCUCCUGGGACACCAGAGUGUUCAUAUCGUGCAUCCAAUCCCUUCAUCCCUCCCUCAACUGGCGGGAGGUGGUCCAAUCCUUCGACUACCCCGGGUUCCUGGUGCCCUCUCCUGAUGCUCUCAGUCUCAUUGUCACCGCUUACAAUCAGGCAACUCGAGACUCGUUUCCUCUUGACUGUCUAUACAUAUUGGAGUGGCGUAACACUAAGGGACAGUUGUCAUGGAUACGAGCAGCCAUUAGGGGCUGUUCAGAGUUCAGUGUGGCUCAAUUCCCUCUGGCCUGUAUCCCACAAGGCCUUGUUGAGGAGCUCAAGAUCAAUCUCACUGUAGACGAAGCAUUGACAUGGCGUUCUUGCAGCCUGAUGGACACUCUGCUGGCUCUGUCAGAGCAGGGACACUACGAAGAGGUCAUGUCAGUCUUUACCUCACCCAUCAAGAAGUGUCCUGAGCUCAUCUUCCUCACUGCCAUCAAAGCUAAGCGUGACUGGUACAUGGCUCAGCAGGAGAUCAUUAGUCAACUCCUCCCACUUUUCAUCACCAAUCACCCCACCUACUCGGCACUACUGCAAGAAGCCUGGCACGGAGCGAACAAUCGCCCUGACGUGCAGAGCAUGCUCGUACAGGCCAUGUCAGACUGGUACAUGUCAGGUGACACCACUGACCACACCCGUAUGGCUCGUAUUCUUGACGUAGCCCAAGAAGUGAAAGCACUCCCCCCCAUGUUGGAUGUCAACCAGUUCCCUUUUGUUAUUGACCUGGCGUGCUGGGCCGCCAAGAGGGAGUUUUUGAAGCUGGACAAAUGGGUCAUUGAUAAGCUCAAAGAGUAUCAGGAGUCUUUUGUGUCCGAGUGUCUCCAGUUCCUGUCUGCACGUGCUCCGAAGAAAGUAGUCCAGAGCGAAAAAAGUGGCUUCACACAUGACAUUAUAUGCACCAUCCUCUCCUGUCUACAGUCCUACAUCACCAUCAGUCCACUGCCCUCUGACCUAGUAGAGAAGCUGCGUGCCCUUAUCACCGUUCAUGGACCCCUCCCCCAAAAGCCACGCCCUCAAAUCGGACCACAGACUACCCUUGGAGGAAUGCCCUCACCUCUGGACUUGGGUAACAUCACUCCAGUCAGUCUGUCCAUGGGGUUCUCGGGAGGGGGUAACAGUACUGGGAUGCUGGGAACGCCCGGAUCACCAGGGAAACAAGGAUUUAACACCAUGCAACAUCAGACUCUGUUUGGAAACUCCUCGCCGGACCCGUUCAAUCUGUACAUGAGCGGAGGAACCACACCCACUGGAGUAGCCAGCUCUCCCAUUGGAGGACCACUCCCUAAGCUGCCACCCUCCAUGAUGCAGCAUCAGCACCAAAUCACCAAGCAAGUGAGCAACGAACCUAUUGGGUUCGGUCCAGAACAGACAUUCUCCAAAGAAGUGGACGACAAAGCUAAUGCUUACUUCCAAGCCAUCUACAACCGUGGCAUGACCGUGGAUCAGCUGCUGGACAUGCUCAAGCAGUUUAAAGACUCCAACAACAAAAAAGAAAAGGACUUGUAUGUAUGCAUGCUGCGGAAUAUGUUUGAGGAGUACAAGUUCUUCCCUCAGUUCCCUGAGAAGGAAUUGCAAAUCACAGGCCAACUAUUUGGGGGAAUCAUCGAGCAUGAGCUAGUCACAUACAUGUCUCUGAGUCUUGCCCUACGCUAUGUCCUUGAGUCUCUCAAGAAACCUCCAUCCAGCAAGAUGUACCUCUUUGGUUUGGCAGCUCUAGACAAGUUCAAGUCUCGUCUCCACGAGUUCUCCCAGUAUUGUGCUAGCAUCUCCUCCAUACCUCACUUUCCACAGUUCCCCCCGAUGCUCAUCAGGUAUGUCCAAUACGGCCAGCAUGGUCAGCAGUCUACAGAGCCACCCAGCAUGAUCCCGUUCUCCUCUGCCAGAGGAAACAACUCCAGUGACCCUCACACACCCCUUACAAUGCCACACAUGCCAAACAUCCUACCCCCACUGAGCAUGAUCAACACGAACCCUCAGAGCAGCCCCACCUUCCAAUCUCUUGACCUGGGAAUGGGUAGUCCACUUUCCUCCCCAGUUGGAGGUGGGGGACAGCUGUCUCCUGCUACACUGACACUUGGCGCUGUUCCCAAGGGCAAGAUGGGGCCAGGCUCCUCAGGAAGCCCGGGGCGGAAAGAGACGCCAUCCAUCAACACAACCAAUAUUGACACCCUCCUGGUCGCAGCUGACCGGCAGCAGUCUGAAAGUGUGAUGCCCCCUGAUGAACUGCAGGACAAGGUCCACUUCUUGUUCAACAACCUCUCUUCCAGUAACCUCUCUGACAAGGCUGAAGAGUUCCGUGGUCUGGUUGAAGAGGAGCACUUCAACUGGGUGGCCCAGUAUCUGGUCAUGAAGAGAGCCUCCAUUGAGCCAAACUUCCAUAGCCUCUACAUCGGUUUCCUGGAUGUGUAUUCCUCACACACCCUGCGCCGAGUGGUCUUACUGGAGACUCAUAGGAACAUCAAGGUGAUCCUCCAAGCUGACAAAACCAGCAAUAACUUCUCUGACAGAGCCAUCCUCAAGAACCUUGGUCACUGGUUGGGGAUGCAGACACUUGGCAAGAAUAAACCCAUUUUGCAGAAUGAUCUUGCUGUGAAGGAUUUGAUUUUGGAAGCAUGCGAGAAAGGACAACAGGACCUGCUCUAUGUGGUACCGUUUGUUGCCAAGGUAGUGGAAUCAUGUGCAGAGAGCAGAGUGUUCAAACCUCCGAACCCCUGGACCAUGGGAAUCAUGGCCGUGCUUAGUGAACUACACUCCCUGCCGAACCUCAAGCUCAACUUGAGGUUUGAAAUUGAAGUUCUGUGCAAGCAUCUAUUGCUGGAAAUCUCAGAUGUGUCUCCCUGCAAACUGAUUGGUGACACUGAGAAGCUCAAAAACAUCAUCCCACAACUUGGAAUAAAAAGUAAACCUGAAAGCGACAAUAACCAGCCUCCAAGUCAAAGUACGGUGGUCGGAGCUUCCCAGACAACAACACACCAGCCUCAGUUUAGAGUGGAAGACAUCAAUGUCACCUCACUGGCCGGGCUGUCACCACACAUCCAGAUCAGCCCCCAGAUUGGUCUGUUCCAGCAGUACCCUCAUCUGAAGCAGUGUGUGAAGCCAUCGAUAGAGAAGGCUGUUCAAGACCUCCUCUUGCCAGUGGCUGAGCGCUCCAUCAAGAUUGCUGUCACCACCACUGAUUCCAUCAUCAGAAAGGACUUCUCUUUGGACCCAGACAUCCACCGCAUGCACAUAGCUGCUCACAACAUGGUGCGUCACCUGACAGCUGGGAUGGCGCUUAUCACGUGUAGAGAGCCGCUUCUCAUGAGCAUCAGCUCCAACCUCAAGUCUGCCUUCACCUCUGCCAUCAGGACCCCCACUGAAGAGCUAAAGAGCCUUAUAGAUCAGGCUGCUAACCAGAUCAGUGCUGACAACACAGAGCUGGCCUGUGCCUUCAUUCAGAAGACCUCUAUGGAGAAAGCAACUCCAGAGGUUGACAAGCGACUAGCGGAGGAGUUUGAUCUUCGGAAGCAAGCCAGGAAUGAAGGGAGGAGGUACUGCAACGCUGGUGCCCUCACCUACCAGGCCGAGAGAAUGCCAGAGCAGAUACGGCUCAAUGUGGGUGGCCCCACUCAGCAGGCAGCUGCCGUAUACGAGGAGUUCGGCCGCUCACUUCCUGGGUUCCUGCCCUCCACCUCUUCCAAAGAGCCGGCUAAAACUGAGUUUGUGCCGACUGAAGAUUUUCUCGCCCUGCUUGUCAAGUGCAUUCAGGAUGUUUCUCGUCACCUAAGCUCCGCCCUAGCCCCACCCUCCAACCCCCAUGUCCUUAUGAUGCGUUCCCUCCUAGAGAUGGUCAUGCAACUCAGGUUGGCUCAGAAUUAUCUCAACAUCAUUGGACUACUACAGAAGGCCCUUGAGGGACUGCUAGAGGGCAUGAACCCUCCCCCCAGUGACCCAGAACUGUUCAUCAGCUUUAGAGAUUGUCACCUCCUCAUCCUCAAGAUGAUACAGAGCCACUCUGGCCUCGGACCAGAAGCUGCCAUGGCUCAUGUGACCCGUAUUUUACUUGGAGCUCGAGAGGACAUCAAGUACAGCCCGCGGGCCAUUAUCCUGUUAAUAGGACUCCAGAUUGUGGACAUGAGGAAACUUGACGAGCAUUUGGCAAAGGUGAUAGAGACGGGUCGUCACCUGGUGGCCCUGAGCUGUAGCAUCAAGCUGGUUAAUGCCAUUGUCUCUGCUGAAAAGAGAGAGACACCAAUUACCGAUAAGGACCUCCGCAAGACAAAGGAGACUCUGAUCAGACUAGCUGCUAGCGUCAAGCUGCUCCCAGACAGCUCUGCCCAGUUGCUGGAGCCGUUCCGCAUGAACCACGAGAUCCAGCUGCAGAUGGGGGAUCUGGAACGCGCUCCUGGUGGUCCCGCUAAUGUCAUUGGUCACUCCUCUGCAGCGGUCACCCCCGGAGCGACCUCUGACCUUGAGGACCCACCUGGUCUCUAUGAAAAGGUUGAGUACCUGCUGUCUGAGUGGGUACGUCACUUCCAUCAGCCUGGUCUGCUCAGGGAGGGGGAUAAAAUUUACGCUGCCUACAUUGCUAGGCUCCAACAACAGGGCAUACUGAAGAGUGAUGACCUCAUCACUCGGUUCUUCAGGAUCAGUGUGGAGAUGUGCGUUGACCUCUGCUACAGAACCCUCACUGACCCAGCCAUCAAUGCGACCAUGGCUAGAGCUAAAUGCUACCACACGAUGGACGCCUUUGUCAAAUUGGUAGUGGUGUUGGUACGCUACUCUGGUGAUGCCGCAAACACUGUCACCAAGGUCAACCUACUCAACAAGGUAUUGGUGACAGUGGCCCAUGUACUGCUGCAUGACCAUGAGAGUCGUCACGGGGAAUUCCACCAGUUGGCCUAUCACAGGUUCUUCAUCAUGUUACUCAACGACCUCAGUUCUCCUGACCCUGUCUUUGACUCCAUCAGCUUCCCAAUGCUUCACGCCUUCAGCCAUGUGUACCACAUAAUUCGUCCUGGUCGUGCCCCUGGGUUUGCCUACUCUUGGCUGGAGCUCAUCUCUCACAGAAGUUUCAUUGCCAAGCUACUCCUGCAGACACCACAGCAAAAGGGUUGGCCUCUGUUCCACCAGCUCCUCAUCGAUCUAUUCAAGUUUUUGGCUCCUUUCCUGCGCAAUGCCGAGCUGACUAAACCCACCCAAGCCCUGUAUAAGGGCACCCUCCGAGUGUUGUUAGUCCUGUUGCACGACUUUCCAGAGUUCCUGUGUGAUUAUCACUUCUCGUUCUGUGACGUCAUCCCCCCAAACUGCAUUCAGAUGAGGAACCUCAUUCUGUCUGCUUUCCCGAGAAACAUGAGACUACCAGACCCCUUCACUCCUAAUCUGAAGGUGGAGAUGUUGCCGGACAUAGCCCAUGCUCCAAGGAUUCUGCCGCCGUACAGCCAGCACAUACCUCAGAACCUAAAGAAGGACUUGGACAACUACAUACGAACUAGGGCUCCAGUCACCUUCCUCCAGGAGCUGAGGGGACAUCUCACGAUAUCGUCUGAUCCUGGCAAUCAGUAUAAUAUCACCCUGAUGAAUGCACUGGUACUAUAUGUGGGUACUCAAGCAAUUGCAUACGUCCACAGUAAAGGGAUCACGCCCUCCACCAGUACUAUUGCUCAUACAGCUCACAUGGACAUCUUCCAACACCUUGUUGUUGAUCUAGACACUGAAGGUCGCUAUUUGUUCCUGAAUGCCAUAGCCAACCAACUACGCUACCCUAACUCUCAUACCCACUACUUUUCGUGUGCCCUACUCUCUCUGUUUUCUGAGACCAAUGUGGAGGCCAUACAAGAGCAGGUCACAAGGGUUCUACUGGAACGGCUGAUAGUGAAUCGCCCACACCCCUGGGGCCUGCUGAUCACAUUCAUUGAGCUCAUCAAAAAUGCAGCGUACAGUUUCUGGAAGCAUGAAUUUGUCCACUGUGCUCCUGAGAUUGAAAAGCUCUUUGGGUCAGUAGCUAAGAGCUGCAUGCAGAAGCAGCCCCAGACAGUGGGGGGUGGAACCUCACAGCCUGGCCGAGAGGUAGACACUCAUGACUGAACUUUCUAGACACUUUCUUUUCUCUGAUUUAGUGUAUUUAGUUGAUACAUGUAUAGAUCUCUUUGCUAAAAACUCCUGUAAAUUGUAUUGUUGUAACAACUUCUGACAUUGAUUUUCAUUGCACAGU